AUGGGAUCACUCCUAUCUGGAACCGAUCGCUUGGACGUCGUCGUGCGCCCUCUGCAUACGUCGUUUCGAGACUUCAUUCUAGAUCCCAAACGCAGCCACGAAUUUGUCGUCAAGCCAGGGAAGGAGGAGCAUCUACAAUUCGCGCGCGGGACCCUACGUCUUCUGUUGAGCGAGCAGUUGCACAUCAACAUGUGCGGACUCGAGACGUCAUAUCGUCUCAACACGUACUAUCUCGAUUUAGACGAUCGUGUACGCAAAAUGAUCACGUCGAGCUUGGUUUAUUCCACUCGCUACUGGGCUGAUCAUCUUGAGAAGACUCCAUACGGCUCUGGCCUGCUGAAAAUGGCGGAACAACUGCUGAAAGACAAGUUCCUGUUCUGGCUCGAGGUCUUGAGUCUUCUAGGAUCUGUUUCCACCUGCGCAUCGGCCCUCCUGAAGCUCAAGGAGUGGAUUCCAAAGGACACUGCGGAAGGACUGGAAACGGUCUCAAUCAUCGAGGACUUCCUCAAGUUCAUCCGGGCUUUCGGGGUAGUGAUCGGGUCUUCUGCUCCCCACAUUUAUCUCUCAGCCAUACCUUUUGCACCGACGAGGUCACAAGUGCGCCGGCUGUACGAAUCAAAGCUCCCCAGAAGAGCUACGGUGGUGUGCGCUGGAUCGUCAGAAUGGCCCGCCUUAGAAUGCACCAUGGACGGCAAUGACAACGUCCUCUGUGCGGAAUUCUCCGGCGAUGGAAAACACAUCUUAUUUGUCUCGCCGGGACUGUCAUGCUUCGAUAUACAUUUUUGGGAUGCGGCAACCGGACAGCCGGCCCGUCGACCUGUGCGCUGUGGUACAGAUGAUGAUGUCUCGUCUGCCGCCUUCUCCUCAAAGCAACACUUUAUAGUGGUGGGGUUGGAGGACGGCACGAUUCAGGUUUGGAAUGCCCCUGCAGGGCAGCAUAUCCACACGCUCAGAGGGCAUACGGAUUAUGUUCGAUCGGUCGCUUUCUCUCCUGACAGCAAAUGGAUCGUGUCGGCCUCGGGUGACAAGACGGUCUGUAUUUGGGAUAUGCAAUCUGAGAAGCUUGUCCAUCCACCACUCCAGCCUGAGGGACAUACGGACUGGGACCUUUCUGUGACUUUCUCACCUGACUCCACCUGGGUGGUCUCAGGUUCAACAGACGGAAUGGUUCGCUUAUGGGAUACCACAACGGGAACACGUGUACACGAGCUAUUGCGCAGCCAUGCACCCUUACCAUCUUUUGUCGCAUUCUCGCAGGAUGGAAAAUGUAUUGUUUCGGGUGACGAGACCGCCGUGCAGCUGUGGGAUGCCGAGUCUGGCCAGCCUAUCAGGUCCCCUCUCCGGGGCCACACUAGCAAUGUCACAGCAUUGGCGAUCUCCCCGGACAGCAAGUUCGUUGUAUACGGUUCUGGAGACGGUGUCAUUCAUCUCUGGGACACGAUAGAACAGGCCCUUUGCACAACUUUCCAUGGUCACUCUGACAGGGUGAACUCUGUGGCGUUCUCGGGAGACGGCCAGUACAUCGUCUCUGGAUCAUGGGACAGGACUGUGCGCGUGUGGAACUCCUCAACCCGACGCGCUGAGAAGGAUAUUGUCAGAAGACACGCUGGCCUGGGCGACGGUAUGGCUGUUUCACCAGAUGGGCAGCAUAUUGUCACUUGGCACAAAAAAGACAUUUGUGUGUGGGAUGUCUCGACGGGAAUGCCCGGUCAGGGGCAGCACUGGCCGGAACACACAGCCGACAUACGCUACGUUGCGUUCUUACCCGAUGGACACCGCGUCUUGUCGUGGUCAGAGGAUGGCAACGUUUGCGUGUGGGAAGUCUCCACCGGCCAACAGAUUCGUCAAUUCCAAGUUCCUACCUCGGGAUCCAGUAGGCCUUUCUCGGGAGCAAUCUCUCCGGACGGGAAGUAUAUCGCAUUGUCAAGCUCAGAAGAGAUUAUACACAUAUGGGACAUCUCCACCGGGGAGCGUUCGCAGGAACCUCUCAAAGGGAACACUGCUCUCGUCGCAUCCCUUGCAUUCUCUCCAGACGGGAAGCGCAUCGCAUCGGGCGCAUGGGACGAGAAAAUACUCCUAUGGGACGUCGAGACAGGUCAGACUGUAUGCGAACCAUUGGAGGGGCACACCUAUUCGGUAGCCUGCGUCGCCUUUUCGCCCGAUGGCGCUUCUCUCGUGUCCGGUGACGACAUGGGCGUCGUUCGAAUCUGGGACUGUGCCACGGGACAGACGAUCUGCGGUCCUUGGCGUGGCCAUGACAAUUGGGUUCGCUCCGUCGUUUUCUCGCCAAACGGACAAUACGUGGCCUCGGGUGGAGUGGAUAGUACAGUUCGCUUUUGGGACGCGGUCACUGGGGCGGCAAUCCGCGAGCCGUUUCGGGAUCACACAGGUUGGGUCACUUGUGUCGUAUUUUCACAAGACGGAAAAUGCGUCAUGUCAUGCAGCAACGACCAUACGAUCAGGUUCUGGGAUGCCUCCACGGGGCAGGCUGACGAUGUCGAGGGACUACGGGGUGCGUCACCUCAACAUUUCACUUGA